AUGAAGUCUGUCUGUGUUCCGCAAUCUUGUGGCCUUUGUCGAUGCCAGAUCGCCCUAGGCGACACAAUCGUCGCCGGCUUCCUCGACAGCUCUCAAGAAAUUGAGUAUGUUCAGUGUCGCGGGAGAUGCCAGAACGACGAGAAGAGGAUUGGCUGUCACCUUGACUGCUACAGUUCAAUAUCCAUUGAGACCUUUUCGCAGACCUACGAAGUGACUGCACCCGACUUCGAAUCAUCACAAUUAGCGAACUGCCAGCGUUCCCGCUGGUUACGGUCCUGGCUCGCCUCGAUAAUCAGAAGGGCGACGCACUCCCGCCUUCCUUUGGAAGUCUGCAGCGACAUCGCAGUUCGGGCUCUUGAUCAACAGACCAGCCGUCGAAUGGCCGUUUGGUAUGCCGAGAGAAAGUGCGGCGAGUUCGCGAGAAACGUAUCACAAGUCGCCCUUUCAAAGAAAAUAUAUGUUCGAUACGCAUACUUCGAGGGCACCCGAUACAUUGCGCGAUUGACAAAUGCAGCCACCAACAAUAGAGAUAUACUGGUGUUUGAUCCACUGUCGCAGACACCAGCUGCAAGGUUGUACGUUUCUAGUGAUCACCUUGGCAUUCGACAGUUGUUAUUUGUCAAUUCGUCAAGCAAACCUGCGAUCAUCCAAGAGCCGGAUGUCUGGUGGAAAACAAUAUGCCUUGGCAGUCUGGGCAGGUUCAUUCGAACCCGAGGCGAUGGCUCGAAAAUGCGUGUACUUGCAGGCGAGAGCUUGCAAUUACCACAAGUUGCCUGGGGCUUACCUCAAGCAGUGUAUAAACACCUUCGCCUAGAACCCCUUUGCAACGCCGAAUCAACCUAUCGCAUGUCGGUA